GGCCGUUCGUUCUCGCCUGAUUUUUCACUCCCCGCGACGGCUUGAUACUCUGCAGCGGUAGAAAUGGAAAAUGCAGCCGCUCUCGCCAUCCAAUCUCCAUAUCUUCUCAGAAAACCCCAUCUCAUCCCUCUCUCUCGCUCUAUCCCUUUCUUCCACAACAGGAGAACCAGCAGAGUAAGGGUGAGGGCAGAAACGGAAGAGAAAGUUAGUGCGGUUGCAGGGACCACCGAAGACGACUCCGUCUCCGGUCUACCCGACAAAUCCUCGGCCGGAAGCGGAACCGGGUUCGGCUCUUCUUCUUCUUCUUCAAGGGGAGAGAAGAAGAAGAGAAGCAGAGAGAGGGCUGCCGUGAUUCGGCGCUCCCCCAUCGACAAGCCCGAUCUGUUCAGCGAAUCCCAGCCGUCUGAUCGGCAGCAGCAGCAGCAGGACGUGAACGAGAGCGCCUUUCUUCUCACGUGGCUAGGCUUGGGAGUCCUCAUACUCGUCGAAGGUAUCGCUCUCGCUGCAUCAGGUUUCUUGCCAGAGGAGUGGGAUAAAUUCUUUGUGAAGUAUCUCUAUCCUUCCUUCACCCCAACAGUCUUCUUGUUCGUGGGCGGCACUGUUGCGUACGGAGUGGUCAAAUACCUGCAGGGUGAGCAGAGUAAAAGUUAAGGUCUGUUGGCUUCUGCCAACCGCCUCAUUCAGCACAACGAUAGACCUUAAAUCACCUGGACUCGAGGUGCGGGGACCAUCACAGGCUAGUGCUUCUGGUGCUUCAAGUAGGCGCAGGAUUAAUGAAGCUGUCACGCUGAAGUUGUGGAAGGUACUAUCAUGUUACUGUUGGCGAUGUCGAGAGAAGCAAUAAGUAGAGAAUCUGCAAAAUGUGGGACGUGGCGCUUUGUAAAGCUAAAAACGAAACAAACAGUCUUUUUCCAUGAUUAUCAAACUCUUAUAUGAUCAAUGGCUUCUAUUAUGAAUAUAUGCACCGAAAGUUGCUCCAUUUCAUGUA